GCCCACCACUUCACCGGCGCUUUUGAUAGCCUCCUUGUUCCAGCUAAACAAUUUCUAAACAGCUGCGCAUCAGUCGUCUGCACAGACAAUUACAUGGACUUUCCUGGAGAAAUUUGACUGCAUCGAAAAACAUACAUAAGAAAAGAAAACUGGAAAAAAUCGUUUAAUCCGUAGGCAACAUUUUCACUUUUCCUUUUUUAACCACGGGACGAUAGGCAAUAUUUGAUUGUAUGGGUCAUGAGGACAUGGUAAAUGAAGAGGGAGUUCUAGGGAAGUCUUCUGCAGGGAGGCUUGACAUAGUCUGAAUGAGAACUCACAGAGGGACCAUCCACCUGUAUCUCCAAAAACAAUAUUGAUGAGGCUGAGAACCCCAGAUGAGAGGGAGGAAUGGAGGGAGGGAAGGAUUAGACGCUAAUCCAGGACACAGCCAAUCCCAGAGGAAGAUAUCUUCUUGCUGCACGCAGACAGAACCGUCACAGGGAUUACAGCACUUUAGUUCAUUGCCUUUUAUAAAAAGCAUUAUUUCCUUUUCAUGCCGUUUGUUCUUGUUGCUCCAAAAUUACUGAAGUCCUGGGGCCUGUGGUAAAUUGGAUGAAAGAGGGAACAAUGGGCCUUGUGAGAAGGGAGAUAAGCUGACAGGACGUCCCUGGGACUGUAUGCUGCCACACGUGGAUGAAGCUGUUUAGUGGGGACAACCUGUAUGAUCGGACCCCCUGCUCUUUCUGCCUGCUCUCAAAAGGGAUUAAAAGAUGACCACCCCAGUGUACGUUCAAGAUCAAACUUCUGAGAAAACACAAAAUGGAUUGAGUGGCUAAAGCGACAGGUUGGAGAUACUUUUUUGGGAUUACAGGGGUGAAUAAGGUGAGGUUGCUUUCAAAGCACAGGAUUACAAACCGGUUUCUAGAAAUACUUAUCUAAAGUGAAAUGAGGCUAGACUGAGGAAAAAUGCGGCAGCCUAGAAACCUAUACCUGUAACUGGAAGGCCCAGAGUGGUCACUUGGGAUUGUUAUAUUGUGUGUCGUUCAGUAUUUGAGAGCAGUGUGCUCACGCGUGUAGGUGCAUUGCCAGCCUGCUGCGCCACUCACCAUCAAGCCAGAACUGAUGUCACUCACCAUCAAGCCAGAACUAAUGUAACAUUGUUGGUGAGCGUUGUUGUGUACUGUAUUGUCUUGCUGUGGGAGCCUAUCGUGGUGGUUAGAGGAAGCACUUGGUGGGAGUUAAAUAAAAGUUUUUUUAUAAACUCCAAAGUGUGUUGGGCAGGGCACACGUAAUAACUGCUUCCAGAUGUACAGUGAAGGACAGCCUAACUCAUAUGUAUUUCACUGUGCCCCUGCCAGCAGGAAUUUGAACCCGGUUUAGCAAAAACUUUAAUAUUUAUACUUGUUUUACAAGGACCUUGUAAACCUCUGCCAGAUAGAACAGUGUCUAGACGGGUGGGGUGUUCGUUAACCUUUUGUAAACAAGACCUUCGAUGGCUAACGCAGAAAGGUAGCUAAGUGACUUUCCGGUCUUGACAGAAAACGGCAGUGUUUAUUUGAAAGGAGGUAGAUGAGAGGGAAGUGUUCAUUUGAAUGACAUAAUUACAGAAAUUGUUUCAUAUGUCUAAGACUUAUUUAGCUCUAGGUAAGUUCAAAAGUAUGAGCUUGUCAACAGAGAGCGUGAUUGUUAUAUUGUUUGUGUUCCCAGGCAGAAACAAAGGUUAAGAAUAAGUCAGACACUUUCUAUCCGCAAAGAUGUAAUCAAGUGAAAUGAUAUGUCUCACGGAUGAAAUACAAGAAUCUCUUGGUAUUCUCUCACAUUUUUUCAUUUUUUUCCCCCUUUGUGUCCAUAUUUAGCAACUGGAUAUCUUUUCACAAACCCGACAUCUGUAGAAAAAACUGUGGAUCCCAAACUCUCAGACAACAUGACCAUGGUCAAACCAGAAACCUUCGGAUGUGUAAUUUUCCCGUCUUUUUAUUCAUCAUGACUGAAAGCACCUGGGAAAGAGGACAGGAUUUCUUUGAGGCUGGGGACAUAGAUUUCUUUGAACAGAAGCACAGAAUUGGCCAUAAGAAAGCUAUGAGUGUUGACUGACUCAACAACCAUCACUGAACUAAAAAUCGGUAGGCGUUCAGUGAAAAUCUGGCACUUCCCUGUGGAGAAUGGAUUCUACACACAUUGUCAGCACAUAGAACAACCAGGUGUCUGUCUCUUUCUAUUUUAAUAUUUUAAGGAAACCAACAAUUUUGUAAUACUUAUUCCACAGUGGAAAUCUUGACCGAUCGCUUGCUGGAUUAUUAUUUUAUUUUUUUGUAGAGAUUUAUUUCAUUUAAAAAUACAUCAGUUUAUGCUGCCAUGAGUCUUGGUAAACUGCCUGCGAUUAAAGGCCUAGUGUCUGGUUCUCAGAGUAGGAGGCGCUUUAAAAGUGACCUCUCAGUGGACAUGAUCAGCCCGCCACUCGGUGACUUUCGUCACACCAUGCAUGUGGGCCGGGGUGGGGACGUGUUUGGGGACACCUCCUUCCUGAGCAACCACGGGGGCAACGGGGAGCCAGUGAGCCCCGAUUCACCCUCCGGCACCUCGAAGACCACCCGAUUCUUCUCCCGUACCCUGAUGCAUGUACGCAGGACCCAGGUUCCCCGCUCCCGGGCCGGGUCCCGGGACCUUUCACCUCCACCGCCGCCGGUCUCGCCCAUCAUCAAAAACGCCAUCUCACUGCCCCAGCUGAACGUGGACUUGACCAAUGGCUACCAGAGAGAGCUGUUCUCCAGCACCGUGAGCUCCCCGGAUAGUUCCCUCUGCAGCUACGGUCUGCGUUCUGGUUUCGUCACCCUGCCUCGCAACUCACGCCUCGACAGACAGCUGCAGGACGGAGCUGGACCGUUCCCUCAGGAUGUCCGACGUAACUCCCUCGCAGACAACGACGACUUCACGCUGGCACGUUCUGACUCCUUCACCUCUUUUACGGUGGAUCUUGGCCCCUCCCUCAUGAGUGAGGUGCUAGGCAUGAUUGACAGCCCCAGUCGUCUCACCAAUCAUAACUGGGAGUUGGAGGAAGAGGAGGAGGAAGAGGAGGAGCAGAACUCUGUGUUUGAGAUGGCUGUACAAAGCCCCGUGUUAAGCUCAUCAAAUCCUUCCAUGUCAAGCACGCCACUUAAAGUGAAUGUGAACAAAAUGGGGCACUCUUGCAGCCUGGAGUCAGCCGAUGAGAGGUCUCUUAAGACACCAGACGCAUACAUGGGGUCCCCAAAACGUGAAGAACCAGCGAUGGACGCUGAAAGGUUCCAGAGGGCAGCUGACGUGCUGGCACGCCACUAUGGAGGCGGUUCUUUCUCCAGGAGUAAUCACAGUGAUUCAGCCUCCUCCACCUCCUCACCCCAUAGCCAGUCAAAAGCCCCUUAUGCCUUCCCUGAGGAGGAGGAGGAGAUCAAAGUUUGAAACGUGAAGAAGCUUUCAAUAUUAAGACCUUUAAAUCUGAAUACUGAAAGAGUUUAGUAGAUCCAGCCAUAUUACAUUUCCACAGGAAUUUCUCCAAUAGGGUUUCUCAGUCACAAGCUGAGAGCAACAUCAGAAAAACCAGUAGAAAAAUAAAAAAACGUGCUUUACCAACUUACGAAAAACAUGACGGGUUUAAAGAAAAGUCUUCGUAAAAAAUAAACCCUAUAAUAAGCAGACUCUAUGAAGGUGCUGAUACAUUCUGGGAUGGAAAAAUCUGUUGACAUGACACAAAUCUGUGUUUCAAUGGUACAACAGUCACACUAGAUGGUAAGCUACAACCACAAGGAAGGACACAGUGAAUUUGAGUCCAAGGUGUUUGUCAAAACCACAGUGGUCAUUCUCAGAGUUGCUGAGUGGAUGUAAGGACAUGUUUUGUUUUGAGAAGACAGAAUAUCCAGAUAAAUGGUACACUAAUAAAGCAGGGAAAUAAAGCAUAAGUGGAUAAAACUUAAGUCUGCAAAAUAAUGUAAACACUAUGUGAAUACUUAAGGGACAAAUAAGUGUUGUGUCUGUUUGUCUAUUCAACUAAACAAUAUUGACAUCUUCAGUGAAAACCUAAUCUUAGUUUGUUUUUUUAUUCAGUGAUCAAAGUUUUAGAAUCAGUUAAUGUUAAAAAGCAGCUUUUCUUAAAAAGAAUGUAUAGGAGUUGACCAUGGAUUGGUCAGCUCUUCCUUCUGAGCAUUUAAACACAUGUUUAUUCAAAGCUACUCACUGUCAUGCAUGCAUGUAUUUUAUAUGGGUAGCCUCAACAGGAAUCAAACCCGCAACCUUUUGGCAUUGCAAACAUGCACUACCAAAUGUGCCCUAGUGGGCUCAAUUGUCUCUUAGAAUAAGAGUUUUUAAUCCAAAUGUUCCUUUGGUCACAAAAACAUGAGCAGUUAAGAUUAUUUUGGUAUAAAUUAACAGAAUAUUAACUUUUUUCACUGCAGUUAUUAGAGCAGACAAUUUUUGUUUGUUACAAAUUAGAUGUAUAUCGUACACAUUUUUGCAGGUUGUAACAUAUCUGUAACAUAUCAGAUAAACUUGUAGAAACCGUUCUAGUGUUCAGGAUGCAGUACAGUAAGAUAGAAGUUGUUUUGCGAGCCAAUGCUAACUAGAAAAACGCGCUAGCUCUGCAGUCUUUGUGCUAUGCAUUGGCUUGCAAAAUGAACUUUUUCAGAACUGUUCUUUCUGCCAUUAAAUUACUGUCAUUGGGUGACAGUAAUGUUUGAAAUAAAAGGUUUGAAAUAAA